UUGUUUUAUUGUGUGUGUAACAGGGAGAGACCUGGACUGGCCGUCUGACGCAUGCGCGAUGCUGCAGGAAGGGGGCGGCAGUCCCGUUGGGUCUGCCUGCCAGUCAUGGCGGUGACACGGAGAGGUGGGGAAGAGGGGGUGUGUGCUUUUCCCCUCUCUGAGUGGCUGGGAGGCGGACUUUAAUGGGAUUGCUAACCUAUAAAGUAACACUCUGUUGUUUCCUCAGAUCUGCCCCUUUAAACUGGAACAGCGAGCAAGGCGGUCUCGCUUUGCCUACCAACAGACGGGAGGAUAACAAACGCCCGGAAAGAAAAUCAAAGAAAAUAAUUUUAAAGAAAGAAAGGGGAAAGUGCGGGAUCAUUGGGCAGCCCCAGUAUUUGUUAUAGUGAGACAGCAGAGUGUAGGACGGAGUCCCGGGUCGUACGGGUAGCGGCGACUGGGGAGAUUCACGCUGCGAAGUGCAGCACAUUUAUUUUGUAGUUUUUCCUUACUGUGCUUUAUUUUCCCUGUUUCUUUUUGCCUUUUUCGUUUGUUAUAAUUUGUGAGCACCUGCGAGUGCGGGACUGCAGCUGAGUACCCUGCCGUGGUAUUCCCCGUUGGUUCUGGAUACCAUAGCUGGUAGCCAGACCACGGACCACAAGCGCCCUCUACGGGCUCAACGAAAUCGGUACACCUCACCAGAGUACCAAAAGAAAAUAAUAAAACUGAGCACCUGUGUGGUGUUGUCAACUACCAUUUCUGUCUCCCGUGUCAGUGAAUACCCGCACCCUCCCACACGUGGUGUCAGAAGUGGGAUUCACUGGCACUGCCCAAACAAAGCAGUGCACCCACCAAAGGAGAAGGAAUGGAUGCCGUCCAAUUUGCGGCCAUGAUGGACCUCCUGCGCCAGACCCUAACUGCUGCGGUGCAGGGGGCUGCUCGACCGGCAGGUCCUGACCCCAGGUUACAGAGACCCACAAAGAUGACAGCCGAGGAUAAACCCGAAGCCUACCUGGAGGUGUUUGAGGCCAUGGCGACCUCGGCCGGGUGGGCUCAGGCACAAUGGGCCAGCUACCUCUUGCCCCAGCUGACGGGAGAGGCACAGGCAGCAGCGAGAACGCUAUCCCCUGAGAGGAUGAUGGACUACCCCGCGCUGAAAGCGGCCAUCCUUAACCGCGUGGGGGCUACCCCAGAGGGGUACCGGCGAAAGUUCCGGGAGGAACGGUUCUCCGCAGAGGAGCAUCCCAGAACGAUCGCGCAUCGUUUAAAGGAUUACGCCAUGGGCUGGCUGAACCCCGACGCGAGUACCAAAGCCAGGAUAGUGGAGGUGAUCGUGGUGGAGCGCUUCCUGGAGUGCUUGGCACCGGCACCUCGGCUGUGGGUGCAACGGCAGGCACCUGCCACUCUAGAUCGGGCGGUCGAGUUGGCGGAACAGUACCAGGCAGCAGAGCCAACGCCAGCAAGACUGCCUGGAAGGAGUACAAUUGCUGUAUCACCCCCUCCACUGGCCCCGGAGAAGGCGAAGGGACUGGGGGGAAGGGGUAGACAGGUAUUUGGACGGGGGGUGUCGGCGGGAGCUCCCGGCCCGGGAACUGGGGCAGGGUGGGGUUACCCACGGGCUGCCGCGGUGUCGGACCGGGGUCUCGCGCGGCCACCUUACCGUCGAGCCCCUUUGAUGGCUCCAGUGUUUCCACCCCUUGUUGAAGCUCCGGGACGAGAAACCAGCCCACCAAGGUGUUGGACGUGCAGGGAGGUGGGCCACAUCGCGCGGGACUGCCCCGUGAUGGAAUGUGACCUCAGCCGACCAGAUCUGCCCCUUUAAACUGGAACAGCGAGCAAGGCGGUCUCGCUUUGCCUACCAACAGACGGGAGGAUAACAAACGCCCGGAAAGAAAAUCAAAGAAAAUAAUUUUAAAGAAAGAAAGGGGAAAGUGCGGGAUCAUUGGGCAGCCCCAGUAUUUGUUAUAGUGAGACAGCAGAGUGUAGGACGGAGUCCCGGGUCGUACGGGUAGCGGCGACUGGGGAGAUUCACGCUGCGAAGUGCAGCACAUUUAUUUUGUAGUUUUUCCUUACUGUGCUUUAUUUUCCCUGUUUCUUUUUGCCUUUUUCGUUUGUUAUAAUUUGUGAGCACCUGCGAGUGCGGGACUGCAGCUGAGUACCCUGCCGUGGUAUUCCCCGUUGGUUCUGGAUACCAUAGCUGGUAGCCAGACCACGGACCACAAGCGCCCUCUACGGGCUCAACGAAAUCGGUACACCUCACCAGAGUACCAAAAGAAAAUAAUAAAACUGAGCACCUGUGUGGUGUUGUCAACUACCAUUUCUGUCUCCCGUGUCAGUGAAUACCCGCACCC